UUUUUUUCUUUUUUUUUUGUUUUCUUUAAAGGAUGACUGUUCAACCAAAGCAUCUCUUAUGCUUAAUGUUAUUAUGGCCUAUGAUGGCAUCAGCUUCUUUAUUGACAUUAUCUCAUCAUAAAAAGACGUGUUCUGAUAUAGAAUCACAUACUGAUCAAUGUGCAUUUGUCAUGAGUGCUUGUCAUGGAUUUAGUGGUGUAUUUCUAAGGUUUUAUUACUGUUCAACACUAUGGAAACCUUGUAUUUUAAUGAUCAUGAUAUCUGGUCUAUUUCUUUUGUUUGGUGCAGUGAGUGUCGUAGCUGCUGAUUUCUUUUGUCCUAAUCUUCAAACGAUUUCUUCACGACUUCAAUUAUCAGAAAGCAUGGCGGGUGUCACGGUGCUUGCGUUUGGGAAUGGAAGUCCGGAUCUGUUUAGUACAUUCACUGCCAUGAAUAGCGGAUCUGGUUCAUUAGCGAUUGGUGAACUGAUUGGUGCAGCUUUCUUUAUUGUUAGUGUUGUCUCUGGCUGUAUGGGUAUCAUUCGCCCCUUUCAGUCCAAACGGAUUACAUUCAUGCGGGACGCGUCUUUUCUUACAGGUGCCAUCAUGAUCAUGACAUGGAUUGUCUAUCACCAACGCAUCUGUUGGUACCAUGGAUUAAUCUUGAUUGGCUAUUAUGUGACCUAUGUCGCUGUUGUGGUCAUGGGUGCCUAUCGGUUUCCUCAAGAAGAACCUCUAAUAGAACCCAAAUCGACGCAUGAAGAAUUACUAACAGAGACAUCCAGACUCUUACAAAACAGACCACUUCGUCUCGACAUUCCUGCGCAUGGAUUUCAAGAUCAUGUAGGGCAUGUCAUUCGACCUGUAUCGCCCAACUCUUCGCAUCUAUCAAGAAAAUCAUCCAUGCAUUUAGACUUUCCUCGUACGACCAGCACAAAUGGGUCUAUUUCGUCUCGUCUGUAUCGACAUGCCAUGUCGCCCCGUGUUGGUAUGCGUACUUCUCUUUUUAGUGCAAUUGAGUUCCAAGAACAAGUCGCAAGCAUCAAACGAGCCAAUAGUACCCAAAUAUUGAGACACAGAAGGGAUGGUUCUGUUCUGAAGCGACACACGCAAGCAUCUGUACCCUGUAUAUCUGCACGACAGGAGAGUGUCGAUCAACAAGGCACAUCCUCCAUGACCCAUGAUGACUAUUUUACUUAUAUCUCAGCUGCCACACAUCCAGCUGAACCCAGUAUACCCGAAAUCCGAUUAGACCAACCUGACGAACUGCCUACGCCGAAACAGCCCACUCAGGACCUUUUGUUAGAAGAAUCCGUCUCGCUCUUUUGGAUGGACGAGAUCUGCAGUACCUUGUUCCCUACCUUACAAGACUGGCAUAGUAAAUCGACUUUUGCUAGACUAAGUGCGUUGGUGGCUGUUCCCUUAGUGUUGGUCUUCACACUCACUUUACCUGUGGCUGAAAGUGAUGAAGUCAAGGUGGACGAUAUUGAAGUGACUGAAUCUACACCUCAAGUGGUUGUCGUUGCUUCAGAAGGACUCAUGCCACCUCCCUUGGCCAACAAGAGUAGUUAUUUGACCGUGCCUUCAUCUGAACGCAGUUUGUCUGACUUAAAUGGCGAUACAUCCCUGUUGUUAGAAGAGGAUGAAGAAAGCCAACGUGGUUGGUGUCGUUGGCUCGUUGCCACACAAGCAGUCUUUGCUACCACCUUCGUGACCGGUGUGAUGGCCUUGAAUGGGUUUAUUCCUUCGUAUGGUAUUCUGGUCGGGUUCUUCAUGGGCUGCGUUGGUUCUGCUGUUGUGCUGGUCAAGACAGAAGCCCAUGAGGCACCCACAUGGCAUUGGAUGUUGUCGUUUGUUGGGUUUGUGAUUGCGUUGAAUUGGAUCUUUUUAUUAGCGAAUGAAAUGGUGGGUUUGUUACAGGCCUUAGGUGCUAUCUUUGACAUUAGUGAAGCUAUCAUGGGUCUCACGAUCUUUGCUUUGGGUAAUAGUAUUGGUGAUUUAGUGGCAAAUACCGCCAUUGCCAAGAUGGGAUUUCCUACCAUGGCUAUUUCAGCUUGUUAUGCUGGUCCUUUACUGAACAUGGUUCUUGGUGUUGGUAUUUCCUCGACUUAUCAAACAUGGCUUACCGGCAAACCUUAUGAACUUGCAAUUGCACCUACCAUUUUGAUUUCUUCGUUUGGCCUGAUCACUGUUCUCUUAAGUACCUUGAUUGUCGUCAAUAUCAAUGGCUAUCAUAUCACAAAAGGACUUGGGUGGUGGAUGAUUGUGGUUUAUGUGACCUGUACCACAGUGAAUUUGAUGAUUGAAUUUCAUGCAUUUUAAUCACGUGAUGUAAAUAAAGGAUGGAGGGUUUCUAAUUU